AUCAAUACAUGCAACACAUACAACCGUAUGCCACAUAGUGCAAUAUACGCUGCUCCACCCGUCUACUUCCCCUAUAUAAAUUGGGAAAUUUCGUGACUUCUAAGUAUUGACUGCGUUUGUGUGUUUUUGAGUUUGUGUUAGUGGAGUAUUUUUAAGCCAUCCUUUGUUGUUGUUAUUCGCAUAGUGUCUUAUUUUAUAUACCGUUAAAGUGGAUACCCAAAGCAGUUUGUAUUAUGUGGAUUAUCCUUCGUCCAUGUUGCUCUCGACGAAGACCAGCAACGCCGCCUCAGCUGCAGCAUCCACAGUCGCCGCUGUUGCCGCCAUGCAGUGCGACAUACCGAACAGUAUGCUCUGCGAUAGUAUAACUCUCGGUGAUAAAACUGUUCGUUAUGGUCGCGUACCAAAGCGUUCACGUGAGCUGAAUGGCACACCCUCGUCCACGGAUGAUCCGAAUGCCAUUGUGCGUGUGAAUACACCGAAUACACCGCAAACGCCACAAAUGUGUUCAGUCGCCUCGUCACCCUCCGAACUGGGCUGUACAGGCCAGAGUAGUGUUGCCAACACGGCCAACACACCCGGACCGGGUGGCGUUGGUAUGGGUGUGGGCGUUAAUAUGAGCGUUAGUGUUGGUGCCGGCGGUGCUGGCGGUAUGAUGGGACAAUGUGGCAACGUUAACGUCGGCGGUAUGAGUGUUGUCGGUAGCGGUGGCAAUGUGGGCAUUAGUAAUGUCGAUAAUAACGGUUGCGCUGUUGUCGAUAUGCAAGGUCCUGCCGCUGAACUCACCGUUUACGAUGUGAUUAUGUGCGUCUCACAGGCGCAUCGUAUGCACUGUUCAUACACGGAGGAGCAGACGCGUGAGCUGAUGCGGCGACCAGUGGCGGUGCCACAGAAUGGAAUUGCCACUUUAGUAUCGGAGACAAUAGAAUUUCAGAAGAUUUGGCUGUGGCAACAGUAUGCAGGGCGCGUUACGCCCGGCGUUCAACGCAUCGUCGAAUUCGCGAAACGCGUGCCCGGCUUUUGUGAUUUCACACAAGACGACCAACUGAUACUCAUCAAACUGGGCUUCUUCGAGGUGUGGCUCAGCCAUGUGGCACGUAUGAUAAAUGACGCAACAUUGACUUUCGAUGAUGGCACUUAUCUGACACGACAGCAACUCGAAAUUCUCUAUGAUAACGAUUUCGUUAUCUCGCUGGUGAAUUUCGCCAACACCCUCAAUAGCUACGGCCUCAGCGAUACCGAAGUCGGACUCUUUUCAGCUAUGGUAUUACUCGCCUCCGAUCGGUCCGGCCUCGCAGAACCGAAAGUAAUUUCACGAUCACGCGAACGCGUUGCCGAAGCGUUACGUGUACAACUUGUACGUUCACGUGCCGGCUCCACACAAGCGCUACAACUGAUGCCGGCACUGGAGGCUAAAAUACCCGAAUUACGUUCGUUAGGCGCCAAACACUUCUCACAUUUAGACUGGUUACGAAUGAAUUGGACUAAACUGCGAUUGCCACCACUCUUUGCAGAAAUUUUCGACAUACCCAAGACAGAGGAUGAUCUGUGAAGUAAUUUAAACAACUAUGAAGCGUGAGAGACAAAGAAAUGUCACUCAAAGCGUGGCGGGGAACGUUUGUUGGAGUGAAUGGCGCAAAAGACGAAAAUAUACUAUGUAAUACAAAAAGGAAAUAAAUUGUGAAGCAGGGCUUGAUUGAGGGUGGGGUGAGGGUGUCUGUGAAGAAAUAUGAAAAAUUCAAAUGAGUAGGCACACAAUAAGCAAGAGGGGAUUUUUGAAUCAAAUACAAAAUCUAAACAAAUAAAAA